CCUGUAACGCACACUGGCAGUCAUGUGACGGUCAUAUAGUACAACUCAGUCAGCGCUCAGUCCAGUCUGAACGCUGCUGCCGCUGCAUGGAGAGCCUCAAGGGCAAAUCGUGCUCUGUGGCAAUAGACGGAUGCAACGGAUAAAAAACAUCGUCUCCUUUGCGCAUUUUGCUCUGGGAUUAUAUUUGCUGUGAGAUACACUGUAUCCUGGCUGGAAUCCUUGGAUUGCAAGACUGUUUCCCUGACACUUACUUUUUCCAGACCAGGUGUUUUACUAUCUCACCCAAGUGGGAAGUGCGGCCUCUUUGACCUUGGUUUAUUUGGUCUAACUUCACCGGCACAAGGAAUAAUUGUCUUACAAAUCAUCCACAGACUCAGAGUCUAGCAAGAGACAGUGGCUUGGCAGUAGCCAGGGAUGGUAGAUAACUCCCUAGUGAGUGAGGAGACUUUUUUAACGUACGGUGGCUCUCCAUCGGCCUACCAGCUGUCCAACAUGGUCACGGACCUGGGAUCCUACCAGGUGAUGCCGUCGCCGUUUUCGGAGGACGACCUGAGCGAGUCGUCCAGCCCUCGUUCCUGCUCCAGCCCGGACUCCCAGGUGCUCAGCUCCAGCUAUGGCAGCAACUCUAGUGCUGAAAGCCAGGACAGCAUCCUGGACCACCUGCUGUCCCAGGCCUCCUUAGGGGGUGCCAGCAGUUUGCCGGCAGGUUCUGUGGCACCGAUACCGUUAUCCACUUUCCUGUGGGACUCACGGAGAGAUGAGCUCCCCAAACAUGAAACUGUAAAGGAGGAAAAUUUUGACUUUCUCACCUGGUCCCAGGUGGAGACGGAGGAACAACUCGGAGUGUCCUUCCAGCCCACACUGGAAGAGAUCGAAGAAUUCCUGGAGGAGAACAUGGAGGUGGUGACGAUGAAGCAGGAGAUCCGAGAGGGUUGCCCAGGGUUGGGAGUAGAACGGGAGGAGGCUCUUGGUCUAGAAGUUGGUCUGGAGUGGUGCAGAGAGGCCUCCCCUGAGCCUAAACUGGAGUCGGAGGCCAAAUAUUCCGACCAAACUGUCCCCACUGCUAGCACUGCCAGUCUGGCUGAUGCUGCCUCCGGUGAGACCAAAACCACGUCAGUUGACCUCACACAUGAAUCCAGCACCGGGCCCAAGAAUGCAUCAACCGACAAACCUUCAUCAGCAGACACUGGCAGUGGGAUGCCGGUCGUCCUACAGUUUCAGCCCAUUCACAUUAAACAGGAACCCACAGCGGCACCUCUCACCCCUGUAGCCCAUCCCCCACAGCCUGCCCCGGCCUCAGACAUCAAAAUUGCGCAGCUUCUAGUCAACAUCCAAGGUCAGACCUUUGCCCUGGUGCCCCACAUCCUGCCUUCCCCCAGCCUUAACGUCUCCUCCAAGUUUGUACGUAUUGCUCCAGUCCCCAUUGCAGCCAAGCCUCUCGGGCUCAGCGAUGGCGCCGCCAACCAGGGAUCUGGGAUUCUUGUUGGAGGUCAGAAGUUCCAGAAGAACCCAGUGGCGGAUCUUAUCAAAAUGCACAAAUGCACUUUUCCUGGUUGCACCAAGAUGUACACCAAGAGCAGCCACCUGAAGGCCCACCUGAGGAGGCACACGGGGGAGAAACCUUUCGCCUGCAACUGGCAGGGCUGUGGAUGGAGGUUUUCCCGGUCAGAUGAGCUCUCUAGACACAGGCGCUCCCACUCGGGGGUGAAACCCUACCAGUGUCCUGUAUGUGAGAAGAAGUUCGCCCGCAGCGACCAUCUGUCAAAACACAUCAAAGUCCACCGUUUUCCACGAAGCAGCCGGACAGUUCGCUCAGCAAACUGAUGCUCCACUCCGAUCACUGGGAUUACUGGGAUCACUGGGAACACUGGGAUCGCCCUCUUAUAUGGACAGAUAGGAUUCAGGAACGAGGUGUGAGCGUACAGGAAGUCCGUGGAAGCACACGUUGUGUUUGAGCAGUCUGUGAUUGUUCUAAUUCUAAUCAAAGUAAAAAAAAAAAAACAAGAAGUCAUCUGUAAUGAGCUGAAGGUUGUUGUUGCUGCUGGUGCUUCUCUCCUCAUGUUUGUUCUGUUCUUAUCUCCUGCCCCCGCAGAAGAUAAGAUUAUUUGGAUUACGUGACACUUUUGCGUGUCCAUUUCACCUGGAUAACAACAACAGCUGCCUUUUAUCUUCCUGAACGCUGCCAAUGUCUUGGACAUUCCUCAUCUUAUGCAAUGUUUAGGAAAUGAAAUCGAUGCUCAUUAGGAUCCCUGUUAGCGACUACCAGGGUUUCUCUUCCUUCACAUCCACAGAGUUUCUCUCAUGGCUUCGUCCUGGAUUUUUGCUACCUUGUACCACAGUUCACUGACAAAAAUCGUGGAUCCGUUUGUCAUUCUGCUUGGCGAACUUAACGUGGAAAGGAACUACUGAUUGCAUAUCAAAGUGAAGGGAAAUCUCACAAUAAGCUACCUGGAUUCCUCACAUUUUGGAGAGACUUUGUAAACCAGCUGAGGAAUAGGAGGAUAAAAAGAGGGGCUGAAUCACGGAGCAACACAAGAAAUGCAAAAAAAAUGAAACACAACUUAAAGGUUAAGCGCACAGUGAUUGUUGAAUCAGCUUUCUGAUCAGUGUUAAAUGUUCUUUAUUGUUGUUUUAUUAAGCUAAAUCAUGUGUACCUGCUUGCUGGUCUUCUGUUUGUAUCAUAUUACAGGCCUUACUGCACCACAUAGUCCUUGCUGGAGAGUCAAACGGGCUUUCCGGUGAUUUUUAAUUUCACGUCAUUCAGUGCAUAGCCAUGGAACCGAAUGUCUCUAUCUUUGAACCGUUGUUUUGCUGAUGACUUGACACAAAAUCUGCCUCAACUCUGCUUUAUCUGUUACUGGAAACACCCUGACAGCCUUCCGCCUCGAGUCACGUCGAGGUGAAGCCAACGGACACACCAUGGUGCUGAACUACCAGGAGCUUCUGGCAAGUGUAGUGAUCAUUUUUGAGGCCAUGACACCCAUAUUUUUUAAUGCUCUAAUUGCUCUCAAACAUUGUUUUUGCUAUGUGUUCGACGCCCCGCUGUGAAUAUGUAGGGGUGCGACCGGACCGUCCACGUGUAAUUCAUGUCUGUAAAGUGACAACAAGCCGGGGUACACGACAUUGUACAUCAUUCCUUUCAUUCAAUUUUUGAAUUUUUAAUGCUUGUGUGAACACAGGUGUUUUAUCGCAUCCUAUGAAUGUAUGUAAAUAUGCAGGAGUGGACAUCGCUGCAUCCAGGAAACACACAGAGACUGUUCUGAUACCGUAUCUUAAAAAUGAAUCAGUGGUUGUGAAGAUUUCUAGUGUAAACCCUAAAAUGUGUACAUAACAUUUCAGUACAUAUGGAUAUAUUAUAUAUAUAUAUUUUCUUUGUUCUAUCCGAGAUGCAUUUACAAAUAAAACUGAAAAGCAA